CGAGCUGACCAUGAUCCUGUCCUCAUAGUCUUCGUGGAUUCGGUCGGUUGGUCUUGUCGGGUCUGGUGGUCUCCUAGACUAUACCGAUCCCCCAACACCACCACCCCAAAGCUCCAAAGAGUUAUAGGAGAGAAAGACAACCAAUAAAAAGAGAUCAUCGCCAACAGGAGAAGAAAGGAGCUAUAAGCUCCACCAAAUGACAAUGGAGGGUCUUCAGACCCGACCCAGCUUCUUCCUCCUCUCCCUCUUCUUCCUUGCCUCCGCCACCCUGUCCGGCGCCAACAUCGCGGAGUUCGACGACCAUUGGCAGAAGAAGGCGGAGGAGGCCUUCGCCAGAUCCCGUGCCGCCUACCAUCCCGACCCCGAGGCCGUCACCAACAAGUUCAAUAAGGCUGUCCACUUGGCGGUUUCGCAAGCCCGCAACAGCACGAGGAGAUCCCUGAGGUCGGCCGGCGUUAACAAGUUCAAGGGGCCGUGCGUGGCCACCAACCCGAUCGACCGGUGCUGGCGGUGCCGGGAGAACUGGAUGGAAAACCGCAAGAAGCUGGCCGGCUGUGCGAAGGGCUUCGGUCGCAACGCCGUGGGCGGCAAGGACGGCGACUUCUACGUGGUGACCGACCCUUCCGACAACGAUCUGGUGAACCCCAAGUACGGCACCCUCCGGUGGGGCGUCAUCCAGGACCGGCCCCUCUGGAUCAUCUUCGCUCGCGACAUGAUCAUCCGCCUCUCCGAGGAGCUCAUGAUCAACAGCAACAAGACCAUCGACGGCCGCGGGGCCAACGUCCGCAUCGCCUACGGCGCCCAGAUAACCUUGCAGUUCGUGCACAACGUCAUCAUCCACGGCAUCCACAUCCACGACAUCAAACCCAGCAACGGCGGCAUCAUCAGGGACUCCCUCCAGCACUUCGGCAUCAGGACCAAGAGCGACGGCGACGGCAUCUCCAUCUACGGCUCCAGCGACAUCUGGAUCGACCACUGCUCCUUGAGAAACUGCGCCGACGGCCUCAUCGAUGCCAUCGAGGGAUCCACCGCCAUUACCAUUUCCAACUGCCACUUCACCCACCACAACGAUGUGCUGCUCUUCGGUGCCAGCGAUUCAAACGAGCACGACUCGAUAAUGCAGAUCACUGUUGCCUUCAACCACUUCGGGAAAGGCCUUGUGCAGAGGAUGCCAAGGUGCCGCUGGGGGUUCGUCCACGUCGUCAACAAUGACUACACCCAGUGGAUAAUGUAUGCCAUCGGUGGUAGCCAACACCCUACCAUCAUCAGCCAAGGGAACCGAUUCAUCGCUCCUCUCAUGCAAUUCGCCAAGGAGGUCACCAAGAGGGACUAUGCAACAGAGGAUGUCUGGAAGCAGUGGACAUGGAGAUCCGAGGGUGACUUGAUGCAGAACGGAGCCUUCUUCCGUGAGUCGGGAAGUCCAAACACGAAGUCGUUCCACAGGAAGGACUUCAUCAAGGCGAAGCCGGGGACAUGGGUGAGGAGGCUCACACGCUUCGCCGGUCCGCUCGGCUGCAGAGCCGGCCGCCCGUGCUGACUGACGCCGCCUCCCAUCGGACGUUCUCAUAGCACCGGAGGAUGAGAGAAAAGAGAGGCAUGAAGUCCGACGAGAGGAGUUUAAUUAGAAAUACAGUACGGCGCGAUCGUUGUUUGAGAUGUCAUCGAUCAUUUUAUUUAUUUAUUAGUAUUGCUAUCGUUAUUAUUUUGUUUUAGGCUUUCCUUUUCAUACAGGGCUACUCUUCAAUGAACUCACAAAUGAUUUGUUUCUAGUUAUUGCGUCCAUCAAAACAAAACAAAAAUAAAGAAAUUAAAA